CCUAGAAUUUCCAAAUCCAUGGCGGCGACCUCCUCCGUCGACCGGCCGAAUCUCACCAAACGAAAACGUUCUCCCUCUCCUUCGCAACGAAGCAUAAGCCCUGGGGAUCGAAUCAGCGCCUUGCCGGACGACGUGAUCCCCAUCAUCUUCCAAUCUCUGCCAUUCGAGGACGUUGUCAAGACCAGCGUCCUCUCCAAGAGCUGGCGGUCCGCUUGGACCACCACCACCCACCUCGCCUUCGAUGAGCAGUUUCGGGAUUUCUUUGACUUCAUGUCCUUCGUCAACAGCAUCCGGAAGCGUUUCACCUCGCCCACGGUGAAGAGGUUGCACGUCACCAACUUAAGCUACAAUGAGGGCGUCCGCUCCGUGCUCGACUCCUGUCUCCGCUUCGUCAAGGAGCGCCACGUAGAGGAGAUCUGCCUGUCGUUUUGCCCGUUCUUCCUGUAUUGGCUGCCGACGUCCUUGUUUUGCUCGAGUUCGUUGGUGAGGCUGGAAGUCACUUCGUGCCGCUUCUCCUUGGAUGGGACUACUGUUAGCUGGCCUCGUCUCAAGGUCUUGUCGGUCAAAAAUGCGGACUUGAGUGACGAUGUCCUCAAGGAAAUUCUUAGGGGAAGCCCUCUUUUAGAGUCCCUUAAGCUGUGCGGGUGCUCGUGGCUGAAGAACAUUACAAUAGAUGCGACAGGUUUGAAAGAGUUGGUGCUCGUCGGCAUUAAUUACUUGAGCGCCCAGAAAAUCUGGGCUCCGCAUUUGCUGUCAUUGCGGGUAUCUGGUAACUUGUGGCCUAAUUCCAAGUUCAGACUUGAAAAUGUAUCUUCUUUGGUGGAAGCCCAGCUGGAUCUUGUCUUUGAAGCUGAUGACACGAGGAUACUCCGCGACUUUGUGGAGGAACUUUUCGAGAAGCUGCUUGGAGUUCGUACAAUCACCAUUAAUGGUUGGUGUUUGCAGGCUCUGUACGUCCUGGAGAUGGAAGAAGCGCCAUCUCUGUUGUCAAAAUGUCAAAAUCUGAUACUACAUGCUGGUGUUAGUCAAUGGGACCUUCCCGGGAUAGCAUACAUGCUACGAAGUUCACAGUGCCUGGAAAAAUUAGAUAUACUCCUGACUGGUGACGGCCAUUUGAAGCUUGAGCUUGACGAACAAUCUGAAGGAUAUUUUGACUUUGACGAAGAAGAUUUUCUGUGGACACGGAAGGGAUGUUUCUUGAAACAUCUCAAGAGAGUUGAGAUCGCCGGUUUGGAAGCCCAUAGUUUUGGGUUGAAAUCUCUGCUUGCCCUGAUUGGGUUUAUUCUUGGCAAUGCACUUGCACUGGAGAAGAUGACUAUCAAGGUUGAUCAGCGCAGGCGAGAUAGACAAGAAUGUCUUCAAGCCGAUGUUCCUUCGGAACUACUUGGUGUGAGCCAAAAUAUACUCAACUAUCGAAGAGCUUCGAGAAAUGCCGAAGUUAUUAUUAUAUAGGUGUUUUGUUAAUCUUAUGGCAGGGGUAUGUUGCCCUGGGCACUACUUUGCUCAUUCUUAUUCGCUCUCUUUUGACAGUAAAGUUGCAUCAACUGUGACAUUAUUAGGUUUGUAACCGGUAUCUAAUUUACACUUUCAAGUUUAGUUAAAUUGUGAUUAUGUAUCUCUUAAGG